GCGUGUCUGGGGGCGUGGCCAACACCGAAGUUAUAAAAGGGAGGCGGACACCGCCCCUCCCCUCAGUCAAGAUGGCGGCGCUGAGGGCGGCGGGGGCGGCGCUGCUGCGGCCCCGGGCCGGGCCGGCCCCGGCCGUGCUGGGCUACCACAAGAAGGUGGUGGAUCACUACGAGAACCCGCGCAACGUCGGCUCCCUCGACCGCAAUGCCAAGAACGUGGGCACCGGCCUGGUGGGCGCCCCGGCCUGCGGCGACGUCAUGAAGCUGCAGGUGGAAGUGGACGAGAACGGCAAGAUCGUGGACGCUCGCUUCAAAACGUUCGGCUGCGGCUCAGCCAUCGCCUCCAGCUCGCUGGCCACGGAGUGGGUCAAAGGGAAAACGGUUGAUGAAGCGCUGAAAAUCAAGAACACAGAUAUUGCCAAGGAACUCUGCCUUCCCCCUGUCAAACUGCACUGCUCCAUGCUGGCUGAAGACGCCAUCAAGGCUGCCUUGGCCGAUUACAAACUGAAGCAGGAUCCAAAGAGAGAAUCCGACAAAAAAGCCGACAAUGCCUGAACCGCCUGCGCAGCUUCCCCUGCUCAGUCCCUCCUCACUCUGCAGUGCAAUUCCCGAGCUGUUGUAGGACCCUGUGCACUACUCGAGCUGUAAGAUACGCACAAGUUACGCACAACGUGUCCCUGUGGUUCCAGCCACCCCGUAGUGCUCACGUGGAUGGGGGCUGCUGUCCCCUUGGGAAUGCCGCGGGAAGACUCCGCUCCGGAGACCAAACCCCGCUGUCCGGUACUGGAAGGGCUGCACUUUUCAUUUGUAUUUUGGGAAGAUGUCUAGUUUUGCCUAAUAUCUUAUGGAAUUUAGUGGGAA